ACCCAAGUGCGGACGCGCAGGCUGAUGAAGGAGCUUCAGGAGAUACGGAGGUUAGGAGACAACUUCAUCACAGUAGAGCUGGUGGAGGACAACCUGUUCGACUGGAACGUCAAGCUGCACCAGGUGGACAAGGACUCGGCGCUGUGGCAGGACAUGAAGGAGACGAGCACCGACUUCAUCCUGCUCAACGUCACCUUCCCCGACAACUUUCCCUUCUCGCCGCCCUUCAUGCGGGUGCUGACGCCCCGCUUGGAGAACGGCUACGUGUUGGACGGAGGCGCAAUUUGCAUGGAGCUGCUGACUCCCCGCGGAUGGUCCAGCGCCUACACGGUGGAAGCGGUCAUGAGGCAGUUUGCGGCCAGCCUCGUAAAAGGACAGGGCCGCAUAUGUCGGAAAGCAGGCAAGUCCAAGAAGGCCUUCAGCCGUAAAGAAGCCGAGGCCACCUUCAAGUCUUUGGUGAAGACCCACGAGAAAUACGGCUGGGUGUCCCCGCCCGUGUCGGACGGCUGA